GAUUAAUGCUUCCGAGUGCGCCGGAAGAGAGAUUUGCAAAUCUACGAAACUUACCAGCAAUAAAGUUUAAAUAAGCUCAAAGCACAAAGUGUCAAAAUAGAAAUAACAAAAUGAGGAUCAGAUACUUUUACGUGCUACUUCUGUUAUUUUCCACGAUGACUGUCUUAGACGCGAAUCGCAUUGUGAAUGGAUACCCCAUUGACAUACGGGAAGCACCUUGGCAGGUAUCGAUACAGAAAAAUGGGUUUCACUUUUGUGGUGGCUCAAUUUUGAGCAGUAAAAUAAUAAUAACUGCUGCGCAUUGUUUGAGGAACAAGCAAAUAAGAAUUUUAAGUAUACGAGCUGGAUCUAAGUAUUGGAAAAAUGGAGGCCAGGUUGUGAAGGUAGCGGAAAUAAAGAUUCAUAAUGCCUAUUAUGCCAGAAAACAUCUUCAUGACAUUGCAUUGAUGCGUUUGGCCAAACCUAUAAAACUUGGAUACAACGCACAGAUGAUUAGUUUUACCUCGAGCGUACCACGUGAUGGUGCUAAAGCCUUUGUUACAGGUUGGGGUCUCCUCAAGGCUAAAUCAAGAAAGCGUCCGUCGAUCCUGCAAGAGGUGAAUCUUCGUAUAAUGAAUUAUAAAAGAUGCCAAAGGACCAACUAUGGAAAGAAUGGUUAUUAUAUCAGCAGGCAAAUGAUUUGUGCCGCCUUAAAUUCCCACGACGCAUGCCAGGGUGAUUCGGGUGGACCAUUGGUCUCCAGAAAGCAACUUGUUGGUAUUGUAUCUUGGGGAAAAGGAUGUGCCUCAAAAGGAUUUCCAGGCGUGUACACGAAUGUUGCAUAUUAUAGCAGGUGGUUAAACUCCGAAAUUCCAAAACUUGAUAUUAAGGAUAACGAUAAUGCAGCAGUCAGUUGUUAAAAGUAUAAUAAUAAAAACUUGAGCGAUUUGUUGAAAUA